GAACCGUUAUGGGCGAGGAUUGGCCUAAACGCUUGUUAAUUACAAUUACUCCCCCUCAGCCAAUCAGUCAGCAUGACAGAAAGAAUCCAGGCCAAUAGAAUCCUACAUGUCCCUGGGGGUCCCGCCUCACUUAUGGCUACUAAUAAUUGGAUUAUGGAGCUGUUCAUUCAAAGUUUCUCCGCUCCUGCCCGCACCUUACCCCGAAGCGACCAAUCACGCGUCGUUUACUCGUGAUUGACGGGAGCCGGCACCCAUAGGAAGCGGGUGAAUAUCCUACACGCUGAGAAGCUGGGACCCAAGCCGCAGUGACCAAUGAGCGUGAGGCAACGUGUGAUGGACAGCAAAUCUACCCAGUCAGCCACUGGCAGAGGCGUGUCCUCAUCUGGUGGUAAUGCCAACUACCCUCCCGCCAAUCAUAUUCGCCAGUUUCCUUGAGAGGCAGCGUCACCGGCCACUGAGCGGGGGGCGCGGCUGAUUGGCGGCCCCGCUGGCCAAUGGGACCCUUGAGAAGGAAGGCGGUGGCAUUUCCCCUCCGGGGGUGGGGCGGAAGAUGGCGGCCGGGACAGGCCCGGGGGUCCCCGAUGGGGGCCCCGAGGUGCCAAACCGCGACCGCAGUGCGUUCGAGUGCAACAUCUGCCUGGAGCCCGCCCGGGACGCCGUGAUCGGGCUCUGCGGGCACCUGUACUGCUGGCCCUGUCUGCACCAGUGGCUGGAGACACGGCCAGAGCGGCAGGAGUGCCCCGUGUGCAAGGCAGGCAUCAGCCGUGACAAGGUCAUCCCCCUGUAUGGCCGUGGUAGCGCCGGGCAGCAGGACCCCAGGUUGAAGACCCCUCCACGGCCGCGGGGCCAGCGCCCGGAGCCUGAGAGCCGUGGGGGGCCACCACCGCCUGUCUUCCCCGACACUGGCUUCCACAUGGCCUUCGGCAUCGGCGCCUUCCCCUUCGGCUUUUUCACCACCGUGAUGCGGGGCCCUGACGCACCAGCUGAUGCAGCUGCUGGCCCCCGGCCCUCUGGCUGGCAGGAUUCGCUCUUCCUCUUCAUUGCCAUCUUCUUCCUCUUCUGGCUUCUCAGUGUCUGACCCCCCCCCUCCCCUCCAACGCACCCCUGCCAUGGACAGGCAGGGGUUAACCCCUGGAGGGUGGGGCUACAGUAUUCUAGCAGGGUUUCCCCUUUGCCCCUCCCCCAUGCGUGGGGGCAUGAUGUAGUGGCCAAGGGGCAGGACUUGGGGGGUUCCCUAAGGGCUAAUAGGGGGGAGGGGCCAGUUCAGGGUUGGCCUCUGCUCUCCCCAGUGAUCCCCUGCUGGCCGGGCCAGGCCCUGGUGCUCCCUGCACAUGGGGUGGGGGGAGAGAGGGCAGUUCUGGGGCAUCUGUGAGUGUUUAUGGGACAGGGCAAAUCAGGGUGACCCCACACCCCCCCAUGGCAGGGGGACCAGGGGUGUCAUUAAAGCACUGGUGAUUCGUA